AAUGUAAUUUGGGUGUGUACGACAAUUUUCCUCAAAAUACGAUAAUUUUGAGCUGCUGAUACGAUAAUUCAACAUUUCCCAUCUGGCAACACUGCUGCUGCGGUGUUGCUUUGACCCUGCAGCGGCCAGUCCGGAAGGACCAGUUGGGACCGAGGACUCCUUGGCCAGUAUGGCUCUGAAACUAAUUCAGAGUUUACCGCAUGGCCAGUUCAGGGCUCGUUGUGAUGCAUCAGUUUGUCCCAUCAGAAGACACCUCACCACCAGCAGUCACUCCUCCUCGUGUGUAGCCUGCCUCUGUACUUCAGACAGACAUUGUAUCCAGCGACACGGCUGCAGGAAGCUCCAGCAGGAGUACAGAGCGAGCCUGAGCACCGUCGUCAGGGAGCCCUCCGUCUUCCCCAGCAGUUCUAUAGGACUGCAUGGAGACUCUGUGCCCCAGUUCCGUUUGACCCAGCUGCCAGCUGCUGAUGUGCAGGUUUUCCAGCAGAGCCUGCUGGCCUGCUCCUCCUCCCAGCAGGUCUUCAAACUCCUGCGCUCAGUCGAGAUCAUGUCAGACACCAUGGCUGCAGCAGCUCUUCAUCAUGUGGCCGACACGGAGCAGGAGGGCACAGCUCUGAGAGACCCAACCGUGCUCGAAAGCGACACUAUCCGGGCCUUGUGCUUCCAGUUGGAGCAGGACUCGGAGCGGCUCACUGAAUCUGGGUUGAUGUCCGCUCUCCUGGCCUGCACACGCCUCUUCUUGGAUCCCGGGAGCACACUGAUGGUGCGGCUGGUGUCUGAGAGUCAGGCCAGGUUGGACGGGGGACAGAUGACCGUAGAGCAGCUGUGCACCUUGGGCCGGGCGAUGCUGGCCAUCGAGGGUCCGGGCUCUGUGACAUUAGAGCAGGCGAUAAAGCAGAUUCAGAAGCAGGAACCUGCCCAGUGGAGUCUCACAGACCUUGUAGCUGUCUACAAGCUCUUGCAAGACUGUGAAGGUGGAAAAUAUAGAGACUUGCUGAAUGCCAUGCACAUCCACGCUGUAACAGUCACCUCCCUAAUGGAUCCCUCUGCCGUUGCCCAGGUACUAAGUGCUCUUGUUACCCUUAAUCAGAUUCAAGCCAUGCCUCUUGUAAUCAGUUUGUGUAAGCAAGCCGGUCGGCACGUGCCUCACUUCACUGACGAGGAGCUCACCCAUGUCCUGAGCGCGCUGAUCCAUUUUGGCCACAGCGAUUGUUAUUUUGUGGAAGCGAUGGAGAAGCACGUGCCCACGAUGGCCUUCGUCUCUCAUCCAGAGACGGUGUCCAGGGCGGUGCAGUUCUUUGGCCACAGAAACAUCCUGUCCCCCGCUGUCUUCGACGCUGUCGCCGAGAGCUUUGUGUACAGAGCCGAUCACUACAGCACCAGCCAAAUAGCCAGGCAGAUUGUGACUUUUGGGAAGCUGGGUUACCUCCCGCCCAAUGCAGGCCAGUUUUUCAGUAAAGUAGAAGCCAUCCUGUACACUCGCUUUUCACAAUUCCAGCCCCAAACCCUUGUCCGCUUGCUGCACGCCUGCGCCCUAGUGCAGAGGUUCCCUGUCAACUUCAUCUCCAAAGUUUUUAGCAGUCAUUUCCUUCAGCAGAUUCAAGGUCAGGACGCAGAAAUUGAUCGGGCUGUUCUGGCACAGUUAACUCAGCUCUAUAUGUCGGUGAAGUUGGAAUGUCCCUUCUAUAAGGGUGACAGGCUUCUUCCAAUGUAUUGCGUCAAAUCUUUCCUCGUGUCCGGUUGCUCUCUGGAGAUGCCGGUCGAGCCACAACUGUACAACUCGGUGAAAACAGGACUGGUGGAUUUACUCGGGAAUCGUUCAUACUUUGGAUCCAAAGUUCUGACACCAUACUGCUAUACAAUAGAUGUGGAGAUAAAACUUGACGAAAAGGGAUUCGUGCUGCCUGCCAAUCAAACUGAUGAUGUGUACAAAAGGAUAGCGCUUUGUAUUGACGGAGAAGAGAGGUUCACUACAAACGUCAAGCAGCUUCUUGGGAAAGAAGCUAUCAAACAGCGACAUCUGCGCCUGCUGGGAUAUGAAGUUGUGCAGAUUCCUUAUCAUGAAUUUGAAGAACUGCACAAGUCCAAUGUGAAAAAGUAUCUUCACCAAAAGAUCUUCCCUCACACAUACAGCCUGAGUUGAUGAGAAAAUUAUGUUGUGAGGUUCAGGGCUUGUUUUUUAAAGCAAAUACAUAUUUAUUAUUUUUCCAAACACUCACUGAUAAAAAUUGUUGAUUUUGAACUGUGACAUGUUUGACUCAAUAAAGUAGCCUUUUCCACAA